AUGUCGACGCACCAAAGCAGCAGCAACAACAACAACAACCAGUAUACCCAGACACAGGCACCGCAAGACCCAACUAUGGAGUGGACAUCCGAGCCCCUUGACAUGACCUCCAUCCGCGAUGACUUCUGGGCCUUCUUCGGCCAGACCGAGGACGAGUGGAACGAACAGAUGAGCGCGUUCCCCACAUACGAGGAGUGGGUUGGCCAGAGUGGAAAUGCUGGACCGGGCAUGUUGCCCACCAGCGAUGUGCAGAUGGCUGACGAUGCUGCUGCUAGUACUACUAUUAAUACUAGGUCCAUAGACCCAGCCCGUCGCAUGAAUGUGGCUAAUACAUCCAAUCUGCCUCCAGGGAGUCUCGGGGCCGACUACAUCAACUCCAACGCGAUGUUACGGACAGAGGACCUGACGAGCGGCGCGGCUCCUGGCAAUGGUGUCCACCAAGCUUCAGCCCCUACUAGUAUGGAUUCAACGGGUCCUACGAACGUUGUCGAUGAGCGCGGGGCCACCAAGCCAACAGAUUCUACGAAGCGUACCGGCCAUGGGAACAGAAUCCAGGAACAGUUGCAGGAGCUGAUAGCCUCGCUCUGGGAUCUCGAGCAGAUGGAAAAGGAAGCGCGGGCCGACCUCCACAUUGAGCGGCAUCGGUGUUCUCGGCUCAGGAACGCAUCGCACGGCAUGAAAGUGGUGCAGCUGGAAGCUCUGCAGCAACACGAGGUAACAGACGUCAUUCGAGAGCUGGAACGCGACUACGUGGAAGCUCGGAAAGAAAUCGAUACGGAACGCAGGCGCCGGUAUGAAUGCACCAAGAGAUUGCGUGAGUUGAGGCACAAGCAUUCGUUGGUGCUGGCUCGCCUGGUCGAGGUCGAGGAUAUGAAUCUCAAGUGGCAGGACAAGUAUGAGGCGAUUGAGGGCCGGUGGCAGAACAAGCACAGUGAAAGGGAUCUCCAGUGGCAGAUGAAGUACAAGGCGGCAACGGCCGAGGUACGCAGCCUUAAGGAGGACGUGAAACGUCUUUCUAAAAACCCGCGCAAGGCGAGAGGUCAACCAGGGCUCUGA